AUGCCACGUACAAGCUCUAAUUCAAAUAAUCGACGUAGACCAAACAAUGAGCAAUCCCCAGGGCCACCCCGACGACAACUUCGAAUUAUAACUUCUCCAACACCUCCACCAGUAGAAUCAUUACAACAACCUAUACAAAAUGUAACAAAUGCAACAAUAAACACAAAUCCGGAUUCCCAGGUUCCGGCAAGUGAACAGAUGUGGUCUUUGUAUCCAGCACAACAAAAUCAAGUUGAUGGAAUGACUUCAACAAAUGCGGCACCAAUGCCAAUGCCUGUAGCCGCAGCUCCAGCUCAGAUUGUUGUAGUUGAAGAAGCGGAUCGAAUGCCUCAGGAAAUAGCUGCGCAGAUUCUUGCAAAACGGCAGAAUCGAUUUACUGGGCAUCAACCUGAAGGAGCCAGAUUCAUAACGUUAGAUGAAACUACUGGCUGUACUGCAACAGAUAUGUUCAUGUUACCGUGGGAGAAAGAUCAAGUGUUUAGCGAGCUAAUCGGCGAUGUGGUCUACAGUCACCGCGGUCCCACCGCAAAAAAUGGGUGGGACCGCGGUGACUGUCAUGUCCAAAUAGGCCAGGCUGGUGAAAUAGAGAAGAUAUGUGUUUUUGCCUGGAAACAAAAUGCGAGCCGAUUAGAAGGAGCAAAAAUAAAUCAACGAGUUAAGCUGUGCAAUCUUAUUGUAGUUCCCGAGACAGGAGCUCGUCAUUUAUGGUCUGGAAGUGUGGACAUAAAAUUGCGUUUUGUUAGCUCCUCAACAAUUGAAAUACUAAACGCCGGAAAUUUUGAACAACAACAAAGUAAUUUAACUGAGCAAGGGCCUUCAAGUUCCGCCCGUAUUUAUCAACAGCCCCAAGAGGAAGAAGAAGUUGAAUAUGUAGGUUGA